CAAGAUCUCUGGAGAAGAAAGAGCAACAGAGACAACUUCAUUAAGUAUUUAUCCAUUUAAUCUCAUAUCUAUCUUCCUUUUUUGAAGAUGGAAAACGGUGGAAGCAUGCUCAAAAGAGCGCUGGUCGUCAUCGUCCUGGUGGCUGCGGCUCAGUCUGGAUUGGCAGCAGAGAAGCUGGCAUCCUGCUGUACGAGAGUGAACAGUGUGGAGAUAACAGAACCAAUCAUCGGGUUCCUGCCGCAGGCAGCAAACCCUCCGUGUGUCACCGCUGUCAUCUUUCAAACAAAGUCAGGACUUUUCUGCAGUCAGGUGAACGCUCCCUGGGUUCGCCGCAAGAUAGUUGCAUUCAUGAAAGCAGCAAAAGCUCAGUCCAUAGCUUUGUCUAUGAUCCCUUCAUCUACUCCCUCCCUUCUCUCCAUCAUCACAUCCACUGCCUUCACUUCCUCAUCCUCCACUCUUCCUUCCUCAUCCACCACUCUUCCUUCCUCAUCCACCACUCUUCCUUCCUCAUCCUCUCUUUCUCCUUCCUCACCCUCCACUCUUCCUUCCUCAUCCACCACUCUUCCUUCCUCACCCUCUCUUUCUCCUUCCUCACCCUCCACUCUUCCAUCCUCAUCCUCUCUUUCUCCUUCCUCACCCUCCACUCUUCCUUCCUCACCCUCCACUCUUCCAUCCUCAUCCUCUCUUUCUCCUUCCUCCAUCCCCUCCACAUCUGAGAUGCCUGCUGGUGAAACCUUUUCGGAAACAGCAACGAGUAGCGUCUCCUCCACCUCCAGCCAAUGAUAACAAAGACUGAAUGUGUUCACGAUUAUGGCGUCUGAUACAAAUCGAUGUCUGAAAUAGCUCUUGAACAGUAUGAUGUUAAAUUAUUAUGUUGAAUAUUUAGUUUCGUCCAAUGCCCUGAAAUUAUUUAUUAAUUUAAUGGACUUAUAGAAGUAUUCAUGUAUUUAUUACCAAGUGUAUUCAUCAAUGUUUACAAGUUAAUGUAUACAAUUUUACGAUAAGUCCAUGAGAAAAUAUUUAGAGCUAUUUAUAUAUUUAAAAACUUGUUGUUGAACUAUACAUGUAACAAAUAAAUAUUGCACAUGUGA